UCCGCUGACAGUUCACAUAUAUAAUUAUAUAUUUAGAUAUGCUAUCUUAUAGAUAAUUAAUUCGUAGAAAAUUACAAAUAUUUGAUCUGUAUAUUAUUAUAUUAGAACGGGAGAUAAUUUAAACUAGAUGAUGCACUAAGUUUAGUGGAGUUUAGAGUGAUGUGCGUCGGAAAGAGACAAUAAGAUUCGUGGAGAUUGGAACACCAGUAGAUCAAUGAAAUUUCAACCUGGAUGAUCGUGACAGACAGGUAGAUGACAUUAAAGGAUGAAUUGAAACAGAGGACUCGAGAUACGUCGAGGCAACGCAGGAGGGAUGCAAUUUUGAUGAUCCGAAUCUUCGUUAACAUAUAUAUAUAAACUAUUGUCGGAUAUGUUCCUGACAUAGUGAUGGAUGGAAUGGUCUCAGAUAGGGUUGGCAGAAUUUUGACUUGGGAUUGACUCGGUUUUCAUCUAACAAUAAUGAAUUUUAAGGGAGAUAAUUACAACAUAUUUUUUCUGGGUUUUGGAGGAAUAAAUAUGUUAAUUUUGAAUUUAGAGUUAUGAAUAUGAAAAUUACACAGGAUUUUUUUUUCUUCUAAAAAAAAAGAAAAUAAAAAUUCAAGAAAACAUCAUCGAUCUUGCUUUAUCCGAGCUACUGAGGGCGGAGAGCACGCGCAAGGUAGCGCUGAUACCGGCGGAAGACGAUGGUCCUGACGGCACCGAACUCCACCUUAAUCUACUUGCCUCCUCCCAUCCCUCCCCACCGCCAUCCACAGACGUCCACCACCAUAAGAGCACAACUCAAGCAGCAGCAGAGAAGUAACAGAGCUGUCGCCUCCCUCUCCGUAUCCUCCUCCCAUGUCUCGCUCCCGCCACCUCCACCUACCUCGCUCCCUCAGCGCCUGGGCGCCCUCUGCGCCCAGGGCAGCCUCGACGAGGCCCUCCACCUCCUCCUCGUCGCGGAACCCGCCGGCUUGCCCCCCCUCGCCGAUGGCGUCGGCCUUCUCCUGCAGGCCUGCGGUGCCCGGGGCGACCUCGAGCUCGGCCGCCGCGUCCACGGCGUCGUCGCUUCCUCCGAGGGCCUUAUGUCCAACCCCGUUCUCACCACCCGCCUCCUCACCAUGUACUUCGCCUGCGGCUCCCCUUCCGACGCCCGCCGCGUCUUCGACGCCCUCCCCCGCAGGAACCUUUUCCAGUGGAACGCCAUGAUCAGCGGAUACGCCCGCAACGAGCUCUUCGUCGAAGCCGUCGACACCUUCUUGCUGCUGAUGUCCGCGACCGAACUCAGACCCGAUAACUUCACCCUCCCCUGCGUCUUGAAGUCCUGCGCGGGCCUGUCGAACAUGUCGACCGGGGAAGCCGUGCAUGGGGUCGCCGUGAAGCUUGGAUUGGGUUCUGAUACUUUCGUGAACAAUUCACUGAUAUCGAUGUAUGGCAAAUGCGGUUACGUCGAUGAGGCAGCUCACGUGUUCGAUACAAUGCCUGAGAGAAACUUGGUUUCUUGGAACACGAUGAUGUCUGCUUUUUCCGACAACGCCUUGUUGCAAGAUGGAUUCGAUUUGUUCAAAGAGAUGCUGUCGGUCGAUGAAGAGAGUAUGAGACCCGACGAUGCAACGGCGGUGACAGUGCUGCCCAUGUGUGCGGUUGAUGGAUGGCUUGAGAUGGGGAGAGUUGUACAUGGGAUGUCGGUGAAGUUGGAUUUGGAUCAUGAACUCAGAGUGAGUAAUGCGUUGGUCGAUAUGUAUGCAAAGUGCAGUUGUUUAUCGGAUGCACAAUUGCUUUUUGGCCAUAACCAGCAGAGAAAUGUUGUGUCUUGGAAUGCAAUGAUAGGUGGUGUUGCAAGGAAUGGAGAUGUAGAUGGGGCCUUCGAUCUUCUGCGUGAAAUGCAAUCAGAGGAGGGCAUAAAGGCUAAUGAAGUGACUGUCUUGAAUGUUUUGCCUGCUUGUUUGGGACCAUCGGAACUACAACAUGUGAAGGAACUCCAUGCCUAUGUUAUCAGAAAUGGGCUACAGACUAAUGACUUGGUGCCGAAUGCUCUGAUGGCAGCUUAUGCAAAAUGUGGCUUGCUGGAUUCUGCAGAUAAUAUCUUCAAAGAUGUGGAGAUCAAGACCGUCAGCGCAUGGAAUGCGCUGAUUGGUGGUUAUGCACAGAAUGGUGAUCCAAACAAGGCUAUAGAAUUAUUCCUUCGGAUGUCGUCUUCUGGUUUAGAGCCUGAUUGGUUUAGCGUAGGAAGUUUGCUGCUUGCUUGUGCCCAUCUACAGGAUCUUCUUAAUGGCAGGUCUCUCCAUGGUUAUGUCUUGAGGAAUGGAUUAGAAAAGGACUCGUUCAUUUUGAUUUCACUUCUUUCGCUUUACAUCCAGUGUGGAAGAUCACAGGAAGCGAGGCUCUUGUUUGACGCUAUGGAGGACAAAGAUUCUGUCUCGUGGAAUGCUAUGAUUGCUGGGUACCUUCAGAAUGGACUUGCACAGGAGUCGCUCCAACUAUUUCGUCAGAUGCAACAUGAAGGAUAUGAACCUUCUAUCAUUGCAACUACCAGUGUCUUCAUGGCUUGUGCUGAAUUAUCAGCCUUGCCGCUAGGGCAAGAGGCACAUUGCUAUGCGUUGAAGGUUGGCUUCACUGCAGACACCUUCCUCGGGAGCUCAAUAAUUGAUAUGUAUGCAAAAUGUGGUUCCAUAGAGCAUGCUCGCACCUUAUUUGACAAUUUGAAGGACAAGGAUGCUGUUUCAUGGACUGUGAUGAUCACGGGGUAUGGCAUUAAUGGUUAUGGUAGUGAAGCUAUAGAUCUCUAUAAUGAAAUGGAAGGCCAUGGGUUGAAGCCUGAUGCUUUCACCUAUCUUGGUAUUUUGAUGGCAUGCAAUCACGCAGGACUGGUGGAAGAGGGACUCAGGUAUUUUGAGUAUAUGAAGAAUAAGCAUAGUUUGGAGCCAAAAUUGGAGCACUAUGCGUGUGUUGCGGACAUGCUUGGACGGGUAGGUAAAUUAGCUGAAGCAGCAAGGAUAAUUGAAGAUAUGCCAGAAGAACCUGAUGGCAGAAUAUGGAGUGGAUUGCUCGCCGCAUGCAGAACUCAUGGAGACAUAUGCUUGGGGGAGAGAGUCAUCGAGAAGCUGUUAGAAUUGGAGCCUGACAAGGCUGAACAUUAUGUUUUGGCAUCAAAUCUUUAUGCAAGCUCGGGGAGGUGGGAUGGUGUUCGAAGAAUCAGAAACAGGAUGAAGGAGAUUGGCCUCCAAAAGGACCCUGGUUUUAGCUGGAUAGAUGUUGGUGGUAGAGUUUUCGAUUUUGUGUCGGGAGACAAUAGACUUCCAGAAUCUGACGAGAUUCAUAGAAUGUGGUGCUCUUUAGAGGAGAAGAUACGCGGUAUCGGAUAUAUUCCUGACACUAGUUCAGUGCUGCAUGAGAAAGGAGAGGAAGAGAAGCUGAAGAUAUUGCGAGGUCACAGCGAGAAGCAAGCAAUUUCUUUUGGACUGCUGAAGACAAGCGGGAACAAGAAAAUAAGGGUGUGCAAGAACAUAAGGAUAUGCAGAGAUUGCCAUAAUGCUGCUAAGCUGGUAUCAAAAGUGGUAGGCAGGGAAAUUAUCGUGAGAGAUAACAAGCGGUUCCAUCAUUUUAGAGAUGGUUGGUGCUCUUGUGGUGAUUUUUGGUAAUGGUUAUGCAUCCGACCAUAAUUUAGUUUUCUCAAGCAGCUGUCAUGUUGGAGAUUUCAGUUUGGCUGGAAUUCUAGGGUUCCAGUCAUGAACAUUACAAGAAAAUAUGGAAAUUCUUGAAUGGUCCUAUCGAAUAACUCUCAUAUCAGAUCAAUUCCGACACCCAAUUUACAAGCCGUCGCACCCAGCAUGAAGAUUGGUGGCUGCCAAAUUCUCCUGAUGGAUAAAUUUUCAUGUCACGUCAUCCUGAGAAUACCAACUCGUAUAUUCAACCAUGAAGACAUCAAAAAUCACCUUUUCCUUGCCGUGUAUAUCAGUUUAUUUAUACUUUUUGAGCUCAAUAACAGGCUGCAUGUCAUUUCGACCCAUCCCAGAAGAAAAGAUGGGAGUAGAGUCCACAGCAUCAAUCAUUGCAUCUUUCACACCAGUUAGAUUGGUUCCUUCACUGACAUCGACGGGAUGAUCAAAAUCGACUGUAUCAGAUGUCGACGAGAAAUCUGCCGUGUAGAAACGAAGAUCCUGUUGUGAUCAGACGUUUCUUGGCCUCCAAGUUCUUCCGAGACUCCUCUAUGUCAAUCCAAAGGUAACACCAAACUCAACUGUCACUUCAUGGUUAGCUUGCUUUGACAUCUCACGCGUGCAUCCCCAUCUUUCCACGCUUGUUUCUCGUGGACGUCAAAGUCGAGAUGUGAAAUUAGCUUCUGAUUUCUCCCAACUCGUGUCUCAUGAGGCCGCCGAGUGACUACUGCAGGUAGGCUGCCGAAACUUCCACUCUCCUUCCUCCUCUCGAGGCCGGUGCUCUCCCCUCGCCUUCCUGCUGAUGUCACUAUUGGCUGCUUCCUGACGUCAGCCGCUGCGUCAAACUGGUAUGCAAUUCAUCUGAUGGGUUCUCUUUAUUAAUAUAUAUUCAUUAUAUAUAUGUAUAUAUAUGUGUGUUAAUUUAUCGGACAAUAAACGAAAAUAAGCCUGCGCCAAGUCAUCAACCAGUUCUAUUGGUUGUCAUGGCUGUGUGAUACACCCUUUCCCUGCUUGACCAGGCUGGGCGGAAACAAAGGAUCCAGGACAGGUAUUUUUAGUGUCAAUCUUCCCUCUGUUUCCUCUUCAAUGAACAACUGGGCACACAAUUAUUACAGAUACAAUUCCCAUUUUUCUUA